AUGUCUUCAGCCCAGGAGGACACGCGUGUACUCUCGGUGCGCCGACUCGCGGAAGGCCCGAAGGAGAACCAGUCCCUGCCGGAAUGGUGGGAGGCGGAGCGUAAGCGACAAUCCCCAGAGGCCAAAGCUAUCGAGGAGGCUGCCCACUUGAUCCGAACCAGCGAUAACCCCGUUGCAUUCCCCACGGAGACGGUGUACGGACUAGGCGCUGAUGCAACGCGGAGUCUUGCCGUGCAGGGCAUCUACAGAGCCAAGCAGCGGCCGUCGGAUAAUCCGUUGAUCGUACAUAUCGACUCGCUGGAGAUGCUGGAACGACUGCUCAAUCCCGCACCGGCGGCGGGAGACGGGGAGGGCACGGUUGCUGUUGCUGGCAGCACGCGAAAUGGCAUUCCACCCAUCUACGGACCGCUGCUUGAGCGAUUCUGGCCGGGUCCAUUGACCAUUAUCCUCCCGAAUCCGCCGGGUUCGUGUCUUGCUAAGGAGGUUACAUCGCAUUUAUCUACGUUCGGUGCUCGUAUGCCGUCUUCUCCACUCGCGCGGCUUCUGAUUCAUGCCGCGGAUCGGCCGCUUGCUGCUCCUUCUGCGAAUGCGUCUACGAAACCUUCUCCGACGACGGCACAGCAUGUCUACCAUGAUCUCCAUGGUCGGAUUGAGCUUAUUCUAGAUGGCGGGCCAUGUGGGGUUGGUGUUGAAAGUACGGUCGUCGACGGUCUCUGCGAUCCCCCGGCCAUUCUAAGACCUGGGGGGAUCGGGAUUGAGCAGAUCCGUUUGUGUCCCGGAUGGGAGCAUGUUUGUGCUGCGUAUGAUGACGGUAGUCUUGGGGUAAAGGAGGUCCCUCGCGCCCCGGGGAUGAAAUAUAGGCACUACUCACCCAAGGCGCGGGUAGUUCUCUUCGAGGUUGGAUCUAGGGAGCACGCCGUCUCGAGACGUCUGCGCAAGGAUCUAGAGGAUACGGCUGUCGGGGCACGGAGUGUUGGGAUUGUCCGGACUCGUCACUGGAAACAAGGUCUCGAGCUGUUGCCCGACGAGGAGCUGAAGGAGAAGAUCACGCCUGUCUCGUCAUCGAUCGACUGUCUUGUCCGCUUCCCGAUUGUCGUGGGGGGACCGGCCGGUUCCACCACGACGAAGCAGGUAUAUGAUUGUUCGCUGGGGGCAGACGUCGAAUCGAUCGCUCGUGGACUAUUUUCAACGCUGCGAGCACUGGAUGAAGAGGACGUGGCCGUGAUUUACGUUGAAGGCAUAUCCGACCGGGAUGGAGAUUUGGCGGCCGCGGUAAUGAAUAGAUUGAGGAAGGCCUCUGGAACAGAGGUAAAAGCCAUAUAA